AUGACAAGAUCUAGAUCAAGAUCACCACGGUGGAAACCAAGGUCCUUAUCUCCAGCAUUUAGGAGCCCAGAGCACCAUAGGCAAAGGCAUGCUCAUAAUAAUUAUGACUGUGAAUAUAAAAGCUUUCGUAAGGACCCAAAGAAGCCUAUGCCUUGGAGAAUAGAAGAUGAAAAAUAUGGACAAAGCAAUUCCAGGUUUGCACCUCAUGGAAAUAACCACCAGAGAAUGUAUGAACGUAGAUCACCUUCACCAAGCCUGAAGAGAAUUCCCAUGGAAGAUACUUACAGUCAUAAACCCUACAGAACACAUUCAUCUGAAAGAACUGAAAGCAGUAGGAGAUGCCAGUUACCACCAAAAUACUCAGAAAUACCGUAUAAAGAACAUGAUCGUCCAUUUUACCAACACAAAAUGGAAGACAGAUACAUGUUUGAGCACUACAAACUCGCUGGAAAUGAAAAAGGAAUGAAACCUUUUCAUAGACCGUUAGGGGCUUCAUGUAAACUUGAAAGAAAAUGGCAUGAAGAUGACUUGAGGCACCAGAGGUUACAUGAAGAGAAGUAUGGUCAGUCACCCAGAAGAGUUUCUGAUGAAUUUACGGCAAGGAGCUCUUUACAGAAGAGGUAUCCUGAAGAUCACGAUUACAGAGAAUAUGGGCACACGUCUAAAAGGGCUAAAGAAAUGGAGAGGUAUGACGGUGGAGAAGUAGCAAGAAAUUCCAUGUGGAAGCAAGAACGGUCUUUUCCACCCUACCAAGAAAAGGAGGAGCAGAGAAAUCUGGGUGCCCAGUCCCACCGAUCGGCUGAAAGGGAGUACUCGGAGGGUUCUGUUGCGAAGAUAGCCUAUGAGUACAGUCACAAACGGCGCAGGCAUCUGGAUGGGGAAAAGCCUUUUUCAGACGAUAGAGCUCAGAAGUAUGUGAAGCAGGAAGACCAGAAAUACGGUUCUUCUAAGGGUGCCCGGAAUAGCAAAGAGUUAGAUUACUUUAGCAGUGGAAGAGCGAGACGGACUGAAGAAGGGCACGUUGAAGCACCUGUUAAAUAUAGUUCAAAGAAGGGCUGCAAUGCUUGCGUUAACUCUUCCAAAAUGGAUGUUGAUCUGAGAUCUUUUAAAAACAAACCGAAGGAAAGAGUAAGGAAAGAAGGGGAAUUCAGGAAAAAAGUAGAUUCCUCCAAUAGCCAGCAUGAUUCAAAUCAUACUGUUUCAGAUGUGAAAAUGUCAGAUGUCAACUGUAGGAGGGAACAUCUCACAAUCAAAGUGGAUACGAAGAAAAUGGUGACCAAGUACAGGAGUGCUUCUAGUCAUACUACAGAGAGACAGAUGUCCCAUGAUCUCGUUGCUGUUGGCAGGAAAACUGAAAAUUUUCAUCCGGUGUUUGAGCACAUGGAAUCUGUUACACAAAAUGUGGAAAACGACCCAUCAAGAGAAUUUACUCAGGAAAUAAUUACAAUUAUCCAUCAAGUUAAAGCAAAUUAUUUUACAUCUUCUGACAUAACUCUACAUGAACGAUUCUCAAAAAUUAAGGAUAAGCCAACUGAAAAUAUGAAUGAAGUGAAAACACGUUUGGAUCCAGAAAUUCACAGGAGGAUUGACAUGUCUCUGGCAGAACUUCAGAACAAACGAACUGUACCAUCUGAGUCUCCCCAGAACAUUAUAAGAGUGUUAGAAGAUCCAAAUGAUCUACGGCAUGAUAUAGAAAGGAGAAGAAAAGAGAGGCUGAAGAAUGAAGAUGAGAGAGUGUUUCAUUUAGAUGGUGUAACUCCAAGGUAA